AUGCCAGACGGCCACGAAUCCGAUGACGAUGCCCUCUUCGCCGCCCUCGAAAACGAAGACGAUCUGAGCUACCGCGACCAACGCAUUCAACAACUCAACGCAGAACUAGCCUCCCACAAGACAAAUCGCGACAAGUCCAACACAAAUCAUGGCACCGGCCUACGGGACAGCACAUACCCCACACUCGAUGGAGACCAGUCUGUGCUGAACCUGACGACAGACGCUCCACGAUGCAUCAUACAUUUCGCGCACGAUGAUUUUGCCCGGUGCGGGGUGAUGGAUGCGCGGUUGGAGGAGCUAGCCAGUCGGCACUAUGAGGUACGGUUUGCGCGAGUAGACGUGCGGUCGACGCCGUUCCUGGCGGAGAAGCUUGGGAUUCGCGUGUUACCUUGCGUGAUUGGGUUCAAGGAUGGAGUUGGAGUUGAUCGGGUGGUUGGGUUUGAGGGCCUGGGGAAGUUCGGUGCGGAGGGGACGGAGGCAUUCAAUGUGCAAACGCUGGAGAAAAGGCUGUUGUAUAAAAAGGUUCUUACAGAGGCCAAAUUCUCAAGCGAGGAUGAUGACGUGGAGGAGAGUGGCAGUGAUGAUGAUACAGUGCGGAGACGACGUCCUGCGAAAGCAAUUCGCAGCGGAAAUACUCGCCGGAACCACAAUGACGACGAUGACGACUGGGAGUGA